UUUCGGGUUUUAGGGUUUAGUUUAUCUUCGGCAUUUACACGACCCGCUGAGCUACAGGAGAUAAAAUCAACGGAGUAGAAACCCCGGGAUGGCCUUCCUCAUCCGAAAGUUCCAGGAGGUAGCCAUUACUCUAGCUAAGAGCCCAAAGUUUGCUCGAGAUCCAAGGCAUCUUCAAUUUGAAGCUGACAUAAAUCGUUUGUUUCUUUACACUAGGAUCAGCUUUAACCGUUUGGGAAGAAAUGCUGAUGAGAAAGAUGCAGAGGAGAUCAUUGAAAUGGCCAGCAAAGCCUCUGUUGCUGAUCAGCAGAGACAAGUUCAAGAAAAUAUACAUUAUCAGAUCAAAAACAUAUGUAGCCAGAUGGAUGAUAUCCUUAAACCUGAUCCCAACAAUUUAUAUGAUUUGUCGAAUUCGCCCCUCAGCCAUGAAAACAUUCCUAAGCGCAGCGGGCUCAGUUUCGCCGUCGGCGCUUCUACUUCAUCUACACCAAAACCUGCUGUGACUCGAACAAAGCUACUAUCUCGCAUCGAGCUUUCAUCUAAUCUCAAAGAUCGAAUCCGAUACACCCUUGAUGUAAAACCGUCUCAGAUUCCCCACAAGGAAGCCGGUCUCGGUCUGUAUUUAUCCGGAGAAUGCAACGUAGGCUCUGUAAUAGCUUUCUACCCUGGGAUUAUAUAUUCUCCGGCUUAUUACCGUUACAUUCCUGGAUACCCGAGGGUUGAUUCCUGCAACUCGUAUCUUAUAACAAGGUACGAUGACAUUAUAAUCAACGCGCAACCAUGGGGAGUCGGCGGAGAAUCCAGGGAAAUCUGGGAAGGUUCUUACAAGCCAAACUUAAAUCCAGAUUCAUCUUUGAAUAUUAGUAAAGAGUCGGAUCGUUUAUGGAAAAUUCUUAGCAAGCCUCUCGAAAGCAGCAGUAGAACAAACUCCGGCGAAGUACUCGAGCUUCGAAACCCGCUUUCGUUCGGUCAUUUUGCCAACCAUCCGGCUAAUGGUUGCGAACCUAAUAUUAUGGUUUGUCCCUAUGAUUUUCCGGUUAUGGAGAAGGAUAUGAGGGUUUAUAUACCGAAUAUUGUGUUUGGUGGGGAAGAGAGUGUGAGAAUGAAGAGGGUUGGGAGCUUCUGGUUCAGAUUAAAAGGCGGUGGUGAUGAAGCGAGAGAUGUCAUGAAGACGCUUGUGUUGGUUGCGACGAGGCCAUUAUGCGAGGAAGAAGUAUAUUUGAAUUAUAGGUUGAGUAAUUCAAGGAGAAGGCCAUCUUGGUAUGUUCCAGUUGAUCAAGAAGAAGAUCAGAGGAGAUGGAGUUGAGGAGAUAUGGAAAACAUAGCUUAUCUGUGCGAUGUUAUGAGAACUUUUGAAGGGAGCAGGAAGCAAAAGUGUCACAUUGUUGUCUCCAAUGUCACCGUUUUGAAUAAAUUGCUCUAUGAAGCAGAGAUACAGUACAAUGGGGUAUAUCCAUCCCUUUUAUCUUAUAUUAGUGGGAAGUUAAAAUGGUCAUAUUUUUGAUGUGAUGUGAUAGAUUUUGGCGGUAUGCUGUAAAAAGGCAAAAUUUAGUUGUUUGUAAAUACAUAGGAAUUAGGUGGUAUGCAUGUAAAUGCCCCAAAAGCUAAAUUCAAAAUACGAUAAACAAUGUACGUGGUAUUGGAGAAGACAUGUUCUUAUUG